UCCAAACUCCGGCGACACAAGUUGAGGUGUGUGUAUGUGUGUGCGUGUGUUUGUGAAACAAGCAAGGCUUUCUCUGCGGGCGGAGCUCAGCUGGCGCGCCUGAGCUGUCCUUGGUGCUGAAAUAGCGCAGCGUUUCGAUAUCACCUCCAGCAUUAGGGACCAUCGAAGCCUACCUAGAAAGGCUACUAUGCGGAGUGCGGCCGCGAUCCAGGAGCUUUUGAGAAGCUGGCUUGGAUGCUGAUUGCCCAGAAGGACCGCGGGUUGGAUUUUAAUGGGUGGCUAGGCAUCGCCCUAGGAAUUGUUCACCCCCUUCCUCGGCUUGGAUUCGGAGCCUCGCGUCUCUGGCGCCCCUCGGACCUGAUCCGGACGGCCGGUCAAUGUCACCCUGAAAGGCAUGGAAGGCUCCAGCGGCUUUGGGAUCGAUUCCAUCCUGUCCCAUCGAGCGGGGAGCCCCGCCCUGCCCAAAGGAGACCCACUGAUGGGAGAAUGCAGGUCUCCCUUGGAACUCAGCCCCCGCUCUGAAAUCAGCAGUGGGUGCGCGUCCCCCCACUCGCCCGGGAGGGACUGUUUGGACGCCGUGGCUCAGAGACAAGGCGUGGCCGUGGGGCUGGAGUCUCACCUCCAAGUCGGGCACAUCUCGGCCCCAUCCCAGUCCAGAACUGUGACUUCCUCCUUCUUGAUCAGGGACAUCCUGGCCGAUUGUAAACCUUUGGCAGCCUGCGCCCCUUAUUCCAGCACCAACGGACAGAGCCCGCAGGAGGCGCCGGUUCGAAUCCCCACCAAGUCUGGUGAGGAUUUCCGAGAGAAGGUAGAUAAAAACACCAGUAGUUCGUCUUCGGACUCGGAGUACAAAGUGAAAGAAGAAGGGGACCGAGAGAUCUCCAGCUCCAGGGAGAGUCCUCCGGUGCGGCUGAAGAAACCCCGAAAAGCACGUACGGCCUUCACAGACCACCAGCUUGCCCAACUGGAGCGCAGCUUUGAGCGGCAGAAAUACCUGAGCGUCCAAGACAGGAUGGAGCUUGCAGCUUCGCUCAACCUCACCGACACCCAGGUGAAGACCUGGUACCAGAACAGAAGGACCAAGUGGAAACGGCAGACGGCGGUGGGUCUGGAGCUGCUGGCCGAAGCCGGGAACUACUCAGCGCUGCAGCGGAUGUUCCCCUCGCCCUACUUCUACCCGCAGAGCCUGGUCUCCAACCUGGAUCCCGGGGCCGCGCUCUACCUCUACCGCGGCCCGAGCGCGCCCCCGCCGGCCCUGCAGAGGCCGCUGGUCCCUCGGAUCCUCAUCCACGGACUGCAGGGGAGCAGCGAGCCCCCUCCGCCCUUGCCCCCCCUGGCAGGAGUCCUCCCCCGGGCGGCUCAGCCCCGGUGAGUGGCGAGGGAGGGGGCGCCGCCGCUUCAGGAAGACUACGCCCCCACCCCCGGGGGUCCCUCUUGCACCGCCUUUGCUCGCCAGCCACCACCCAAUAGCUCGGAUACAGC